AUGGACGCCUUCGACAUCCUCGGCCUCAGCCCGGCCGCCACACAGCAAGAGGUCCGAGCCGCAUACCGAAGAGCGUCUCUCAAGACCCAUCCGGAUCGCGGUGGCGACGCGGCUGCCUUUCGCAGCAUCGCGGACGCCGCCGACGCCAUUCUAAACGGCACUGUGAGCGACCCACAGCUCACCGCCCCAGAAGCCGAGAAGCGGCUCGACGUCAUCCGCGCCCUCCUCCGGCGAGAGCAAUCCACUGUUACCGUCUGCGAGCGACGCGCCUCCUGCGGUGCCGGCGAUUCGCCGAUCCUGCAGCCAGAAGAUGGCGAGUCUCUGCUGUGCUGCUGCCUGCUCGGCGAAGCUUUGGCAGCAGGCACGUCAAAGGGGCGGCUGCUCGUCGAGACCCUGAACCACGGCCAGGCCGGAGCAGAAUGGCUCGCUGUGGCGCUCGGGCGGCCCAUCUUCGCCGUGAGCGCGCCGCCGCCCGAGGCGGGCAUCCCUCCGAUGCUGGUCGCGUCCGUCGCCGGCGAGGCGACCGUGGUGGACGUCUGCAGCGGCUCGCACCGCUCCCUCUCACCGGACAUCUUUGGCACGCUUCACGCCGAGUCAAUUUCGCUCGAGAUGUCGCUCAGCGACGCCGACUCGCGCGACGGGGCGGCGGGCGGCUGGCGCUGCCUCGCGCUGUGGGAUGUCGAGGUCGAAGCGCCCGUCUUCGCCGUCGCGAGCACGGUGGGAGGCGGUGGCGGUGGGGUGGUGGCUGCCGCGUGCGCGGACGGAGUCCUCCACCUCCUGUGCGCGGGGAGCGGUGCUCUGCUGGGCAGGCUGCGCGUCGGCGGAGGCGAGCCUCUCUACGCGGAGUCGCUCUUCUCGGGCGGCUACGACGCGGCGGUGACGGUGUGGAGGCUGCCGCCGCCGCCAAGGCCGCGCGAGAUCCGCGACGCCACCGCCGAGUGCCUCACGUGCCCUGCCGCCGCGUCUUGCUCUCGGGCGAGGCUCAAAUCCGCCGUCGUUGGGAACAGCGACAGGGGCGGUGGGCAGUGUCGAUCCGCACCUCCGCGCCAGGCCCAGGAGCAGCACCGAGGCAUCGGCGCCGCGUGCUGA